CACUGCACGAAUCCAGACGCCUCAGAUCCUGGAGGCCAUGGCCUCACCCACCUGGUCUGCUCCAGGCCCCGACGCUGUCCGCAACGGUGGUCGCACCGCACCCCGAGCGGCGCCCGCUCGGAUCCGCCCGCGCCCCCGCGCCAGGUGUGGCGGGAGGCCGUCACGGAGGUGCUCUUCUCGAGGCUGGGCGUCACGCCGGAGCAGCAGCAGGAGACGCCUGGUCAUCGACCAGGCGUCCUACCGGACCACCGAGGAGACAUCGCUUUCUCGAGCACGUACCCUGGACUGAAGACGUCGUACAUCAUCAACGAGGCGGGGAGGGGAGGACGCCCGCAGAACCGGUGCUGGCGCUUCCUGGGCCUGCCGGGCGGCAACGACUUCGUCUUCACGCGGCAAAACGUGGCGAACGCCAAGAGGAAGAUCACAGUCACGCACUGGAGCUGGGAGCCCUUCGACGACUGUGGCGCCGCUGGGAACCACGAGGAGGAGGACGAGGCCUCGGACUUCGAAACCGUGGACCGACGAGAACGGCCAGGUCGUCUGGACGAGCAGCAAGCGGUCCUCGACCAGGGCCGCGGGGACGACGAGGACCGAGCCUGCUCGGCCCCAUCGGGGACAGCAAGGUGGCCCCCCCACAGGCCCUGCAGGCGCCGGG